AUGCCAUCACAGUAUCCAUUACGUGAUAUUCCAAUACCAUAUAGGUACAUAAAUGAUAAAGUUAAUGAGCAAAAUGGCAACAGAUUAAUAAAUAGUUACGAUUCUUUGCUUGAUUCCAACGAGCAAAAUAAAAUAUUGAAUUUGUCAAAGCGUAAAAGAGAUUCUACUUCGAGAAGUAGCAUUAGUAACACUAAUAGUAAUGACUGUGAGAAUAAAAGAUUAAAAGCAAAUGACUCAACUACCUUAAAGAUCGUAACUACUCCUGUACAUACGGAAGAGGUGGAAAAUACAAAUAUUACUAGUACAACGACAACGAAUAACACUAUACUGGAAGACGCCUUACCAUUAUCUCCUGUUGCAUCAUCAGGAAUGAGCACACCAGAGGGAAUAGCAGGCUCUGAUACAGAAGAAAAUCAAGACGAUAAAUUUGAUAGAAUAUUGAAUGAGAUUAAGAGUUUAAAUAAAACGGAAAUUCAAAAUAUAGCAUAUCAGCUUCUGAGAAAUUUGGAUAGAAGUCAACUAGCUGAUUUGAAUACACUAGUGAGAGAUAAUCUAAAAAGAGAUUUUGUAUCGUCAUUACCGAUGGAAAUUUCAUUAAAGAUCUUAACGAAUUUAUCUUUCAAUGACAUAGUAUCAUGUUUUCUGGUUUGUACAAAUUGGAAUAAAGUCAUUCAUAAUACGCCGUACCUUUGGAAAUAUUUACUAAUUUCUGAGAGUUUUGUCAGUAAAGAGAAUUUUAAAAAAUAUGUGGAAAUAUUAAGAGUAAAAUAUCCUACUAUGUCAAAUAUUGAAGAUGCCUAUAAAUUUGACUUUUUGAACAAUUGUCAAAUUUUAAAAAAUUGGUACAAUCCAAAAUUUAUACCACAGCGAACCACUCUAAGAGGUCAUAUGACCAGCGUUGUUACGUGCUUACAAUUUGAAGAUGAUUAUGUCAUAACGGGGGCAGAUGAUAAGAUGAUUAGAAUAUAUGAUUCUAAUACAAAAAAUUUCUUAUUAGAAUUAAGUGGUCAUGAAGGUGGGGUUUGGGCAUUAAAAUAUGAUAUGGAUGGCAUUGUAGUAAGUGGUUCCACUGACCGUUGCGUACGAGUAUGGGAUAUCAAACGUGGAUGUUGUCUCCAUGUCUUUAAGGGGCAUUCAUCAACGGUUAGAUGUCUUGAUAUUGUGGAAUUUAAAGGUAUCAAAUAUAUUAUUACUGGAUCAAGAGAUAACACGUUACAUGUUUGGAAAUUAUCACCGGAAGUUUAUAACCGUGACAGUGAAAACGAUCAUCUUAAUCGAUGGCCAAUUGUUUAUGAUACACCAGAGGAAAAUCCAUAUUUUGUCGGUGUGUUAAGAGGUCACUUAGCCUCGGUGCGUGCCGUUUCGGGACAUGGAAACAUUGUAAUUAGUGGUUCAUACGAUAAUACAUUAAUGGUUUGGGAUAUUGUCCAAAUGAAAUGUCUUUAUAUCUUAGCUGGCCAUACGGAUAGAAUUUAUUCUACGACAUACGAUUAUAAGAGACAAAGAUGUAUAUCUGCAAGUAUGGAUUCAUCAAUUAGGGUAUGGGACUUGAAAAAUAUUUGGAAAAAUGGUAUUUGCCAAACAAUUAGUUGUUCUGGUACAAUGUGUACUAAGAUCACCGAAUCAUAUAAGAUUUUGAGUGGACACACAGCAUUGGUUGGAUUAUUAAAAUUAUCUGAUAAAUUUUUGGUGAGUGCUGCGGCUGAUGGUACAUUGAAAGGAUGGGAUUCAAAUGAUUAUUCGCGUAAAUUUGCAUAUCAUCAUAGUAAUUUGAGUGCAAUUACAACAUUUUAUAUGAAUGACAAUUUAUUAGUGAGUGGAUCAGAAGGCCAAUUCAACAUUUAUAAUUUAAGAAAUGGUAAUUUAGUUCAUUCGAAUAUCCUAAGAGAUGCAGAACAAAUUUGGUCCGUUAAUUUUAAAGGUAGAAUAUUAGUUGCGGCAGUUGAGAAAAAUGGGCAAAGUUACAUUGAAAUGUUAGACUUUGGUAUUUUUGAAACUGUACCGACUAUAAGAUUAUAA